AUGCUUAGAUUUGCCCGCCCACAAGUGAAGAAGACCGCUGUGUCGUUGUCGCGUACAUAUGCCCACAAGGAGAUCAAGUUCGGCGUUGAAGGCAGAGCCGCCUUGUUGAAAGGUGUCGAGACUCUGGCCGACGCCGUUUCCGUGACCCUUGGACCUAAGGGAAGAAACGUGUUAAUAGAGCAACCAUUUGGAGCUCCAAAGAUCACCAAGGAUGGUGUGACUGUUGCUAAAUCCGUGGUUUUGAAGGACAAGUUUGAGAACCUCGGUGCCAAGCUGUUGCAAGAUGUGGCGUCCAAGACCAACGAGAGCGCUGGUGAUGGAACCACUUCUGCUACCGUCUUGGGUAGAUCGAUUUUCACCGAGUCGGUGAAGAACGUUGCUGCUGGAUGCAACCCAAUGGACCUGAGACGUGGAUCGCAGGCUGCUGUUGAGGCCGUUGUGGAGUUCUUGCAGAAGAACAAGAAGGAGAUCACCACCUCUGCUGAGAUUGCACAGGUUGCAACCAUUUCGGCCAACGGAGAUGUUCACAUUGGAGGACUGUUGGCUUCUGCCAUGGAGAAGGUGGGAAAGGAGGGUGUUAUCACUGUCAAGGAAGGUAAGACAUUGGAGGACGAGCUCGAGGUGACCGAGGGUAUGAGAUUCGACCGUGGUUUCAUCUCUCCUUACUUUAUCACUGACGCCAAGUCCGGAAAGGUAGAGUUCGAGCGCCCACUGCUGCUGUUGUCCGAGAAGAAGAUCUCUUCCAUCCAGGACGUUCUUCCUUCGUUGGAGCUCUCCAACCAGCUGAGAAGACCAUUGUUGAUCAUUGCUGAGGACAUUGAUGGCGAGGCACUGGCCGCUUGUAUUCUCAACAAGUUGAGAGGCCAAGUCCACGUUGCCUGUGUCAAGGCUCCAGGAUUCGGAGACAACAGAAAGAACAUUCUUGGAGACAUUGCCGUUCUCUCCGGAGGUUCCGUGUUCACCGAGGAAUUAGACCUGAAGCCUGAAAACGCUACUGCUGAGUUGCUCGGUUCUGCUGGUUCUAUCACCAUUACCAAGGAGGACACUGUCAUCCUUAACGGAGACGGAACCAAGGAUGCUAUCGUCCAGCGUUGUGAACAGAUCAGAAACUCUGUUGACGAUGCUGCUACUUCUGAAUACGAGAAGGAAAAGCUCCAGGAGCGCUUGGCUAAACUUUCUGGAGGUGUUGCUGUCAUCAGAGUUGGUGGUGCCUCUGAGGUUGAAGUUGGCGAGAAAAAGGACCGUUAUGACGAUGCUCUCAAUGCCACCAGAGCUGCUGUCCAAGAGGGUAUCCUGCCAGGUGGAGGUACCGCUUUGGUGAAGGCUUCCAGAAUUUUGGACCAGGUUAAAACUGCCAACUUUGACCAGAAGCUGGGUGUUGACAUUAUCAGAUCUGCCAUCACCAAGCCAGCCAAGAGAAUUGUCGAAAAUGCGGGCCAGGAAGGCUCUGUUGUCGUUGGAAAGAUUCUUGACGAGUUUGGAAACGACUUCAACUUCGGCUACGAUUCCGCUAAGGGAGAGUACGUCGACAUGAUUGCCGCUGGUAUCAUCGAUCCUUUCAAGGUUGUGAGAAACGGACUUGUUGAUGCCUCUGGUGUUGCGUCGCUGUUGGCCACUACCGAGUGCGCCAUUGUUGACGCUCCAGAGCCAGCCCCUGCUGCUCCAGCCGGAGGUAUGGGUGGAAUGGGUGGAAUGGGAGGUAUGCCAGGUUUCUAA